AGAUCAUGGCAAAUUGUUCGGAAAUACUGUCGUCGUGCACUAUGGAAUCAGAUAAGUGGGAUUUCGAGUAAGCUUCAUUUUUCUUUUUGUCUGUCCGAAGAAAUGAUGCAUCGAAAUAAUGAGUCACCAUGGAUACGUCUGAGAUCGCCAAGUGUUCGGGAGUUCCUCUAUUUAAUCCUUUUCCUUCUUCUUGUUGCUGGAUAUCUCGUUUCUACACAUCUUCUCUUUGUUUCCUGGGCCUUUAGUAAGUUACAGACAGGGUUCGAAAGGGUCAAAUUUUUGAUGAGCCCAUCAACUAUCAUUGAGGUGCGACAACUUUGGGAUAUGUAUCCUCCUCCACCCACACCGUAUUAUUUCGAGGUGUUCAAAAGUUUCACUAUAGUUCCACUUUCUGACGACAAUGAGUCAGACUUAGAGGACUGGCUAGAGAUAAUAACAGAAACUAUAUUCAAUUUCAUAGAUUUUCAUUGGAAUAAUACCUAUUUGGCGUUGGCGAUCUAUUUGGAUAUUCUCAUCGAUAUCAUCUCAAGGCCCAUCAAUGGAAUCGCUUUUUGGAUAAAUUCGAUACAUAUAUCUCAUACAAGUAAAGAGAUCUAUUCAUUGAUAAGAAGAAGAAAAAACGUGAAUGGGGAUUGGAUUGAUAAUAAAAUACAAUCCUGGGCCGCGACCACUGACUUUAUUUUUGAUGACGAAAAAUCAUUCUUGGUUCAGUUCUCCACCUUAAGUUUAAGUACAGAAAAAAGGAUUGAUCAAAUUCUAUUGAGUCUGACUCAGCAUAGUGAUCAUUUAUCAAAAAACGACUCUGGUUAUCAACUGAUUGAACAAUCGGGAGCAAUUUACUUACGAUACUUAGUUGACAUUCAGAACAAUGACCCUAUUGAUGCUAGUGACCUUGAGAUGGAGCUGGAAGAGAUAGUUGAAAAUGAGGAUGUGUGGGUGUGGGGACCGACACUAGACCCAAGUUAUAUCACCCUUCAAUUCUACUUAGCACAAACACUGGCUCCUUGUAUAAUCUGGAUUCCAGACAUUCAUGAGCUGGAGUGGGAUUGGUUCGCCCUCGGUGUAACAGCGCAGCAUCUCUCUGAAACCUGUUCCGCUAGCAAUAUUCUUGUUAUUGCUUCGACUCAUCUUCCCGGAAAACUGGAGCCCCGUCUAAUAGGUCCGAAUAGAUUAAGUAAGUUCAUUAAGGUACGAAGGCUUCUUAGGCCACAACAACGAAAGCACGUUUUUACUCUUUCAUAUACUAGGGGAUUUCACUUGGAAACGAAAGGGUUCCAUAUUAACAAGGGAUUCGACAAUGCCAUAACCAUGGGUUACAGUGCAAGAGAUCUUGGAGCACUUACCAACGAGGCCCUAUCGAUGAGUAUUGCACAGAAGAAAUCAAGUCUAGAUAUUAAUACAAUUAGAUUUGCUCUUCAUAGACAAACUUGGGAUUUGCAAGCCUCGGUAAGCCCGGCUCCGGACCAUGGGAUCCUUUCCUAUCAGAUAGGAAGGGCUGUAGCACAA